CCUCGGACUUCUCACCCCUUUCUUUCCGUAGCCUGCAGCCAGCUGUUUGUUGUAAUGCCUGUUCAUCCAUGGACGACCCUCCUCUCCUCCUCCUUAUUCAUGUUGCUUCUCCUCUCUUUUUCUCUCGCCGCCUCGGCCUUGAACCCGCAAGGUCGAGCUUUGCUCUCGUGGAAGCAGAGUCUCAACGGCUCUGUUUCCACGAGUGCAUUGGGAAAUUGGGACCCGAAUGACGAAGCGCCGUGCGGGUGGUUUGGGGUCACCUGCAACUCCAACGGCCAAGUUGUGGAGUUGAAUUUGAAGUACCUUGAUUUGCUGGGUCAGCUCCCUUGUAACUUCACCUCGUUGUCGACCAUCACCAAGCUCACGCUCUCCGGCACCAACCUCACCGGCUCGAUCCCGAAACAGAUUUCCACUCUCAGAGACCUCACCGUACUGGACUUGAGCGACAAUGCAUUAACCGGCGAAAUCCCAACCGAGAUCUGCUCGCUGCCGAAGCUCGAGCAGCUUCACCUCAGCGCGAAUCGAUUGGAAGGCGAAAUCCCAACCCAAAUCGGCAACCUCACCAGCUUGAAAUGGCUGGUUCUUUACGACAACCAGCUCAGCGGCAACAUUCCGAAAUCGAUUGGCGAUUUGCACAAUCUUGAAGUGAUCAGAGCCGGCGGGAACAAGAACCUCGAAGGCCCUGUGCCCCACGAGAUUGGAAGCUGCAACAAUUUGGUAAUGCUGGGAUUGGCAGAAACCAGCAUUUCGGGCUUCCUCCCUCCAUCUCUUGGCCUCCUCAAGAAACUCGAAACACUCGCAAUCUACACCGCCUUGCUCUCAGGUCCGAUCCCACCGGAGCUUGGAGACUGCUCCGAGCUCCGGGACAUCUAUUUGUAUGAGAAUUCGAUAACGGGAUCGGUCCCAAGCCAAUUGGGGAAGUUAAACAACCUUCAGAACCUUCUUCUCUGGCAGAACAACUUGGUGGGAGUCAUUCCGCCGGAGCUCGGCAACUGCCUGCAGCUAUUAGUCAUUGACAUCUCGAUGAACUCAUUGACUGGAAUCAUUCCCCUGUCUUUCGGAAACUUGACUUCGCUUCAGGAGCUGCAGCUGAGCGUCAAUCAAAUAUCGGGCGAGAUUCCGGCGCAGCUCGGAAACUGCCGGAAACUGACGCACAUCGAGCUCGACAAUAACCAGAUCACCGGUUCGAUACCGGCGGAGUUCGGAAACUUGUCGAACCUUUCUCUUCUUUUCUUGUGGCAGAACAAGCUCGAAGGAAACGUUCCGCCUUCGAUUUCCAACUGUGUGAACCUCGAGUCCGUUGAUUUGUCACAGAACGGCUUGACGGGGCCGAUUCCCGGAGGACUCUUCAAUCUCCAGAAUCUCACCAAGCUGCUGCUGCUAUCUAACAACUUCUCCGGUGAAAUUCCGUCGGAAAUCGGAAACUGCUCGUCGCUGAUUCGGUUUCGGGCCAGCGGCAACAAACUAGCGGGAGGGAUUCCGCCGCAGAUUGGGAAUUUGAGAAACUUGAAUUUCUUGGAUCUUGGAUCGAAUCGGCUUAGUCGAACCAUACCGGAGGAGAUCUCCGGCUGCCGGAAUCUGACGUUUCUGGAUUUGCAUUCCAAUUCGAUUGGGGGAGAUUUGCCUGGAGGUUUUGAUAAGCUUGUAUAUCUCCAAUUCGUGGAUUUCUCAGACAAUUUGAUCGAAGGGACGUUGAGACCUGGAAUAGGAUCACUGAGUUCACUCACCAAGCUCGUUUUGGGAAAUAAUCGGUUCGCGGGUGCGAUUCCGAGUGAACUCGGUUCGUGCUCGAAGCUACAGUUGUUGGAUUUGAGCGGGAACGAGCUGACAGGGAAUAUUCCGGCGAGCUUGGGCAAGAUUCCCGCGCUGGAAAUCGCUCUGAACCUGAGCUUGAACCAACUCUCCGGCGAGAUACCGAAGGAGUUCGCCGAUUUGGACAAGCUCGGGAUUCUAGACGUCUCUCACAAUCAGCUCUCCGGCGACCUCCAAUUUCUUGCGGACAUGCAAAAUCUCGUGGUCCUCAAUAUCUCGCACAACAACUUCUCGGGGAGAGUCCCAGACACGCCUUUCUUUUCGAAGCUUCCACUGAGCGUCUUGUCCGGCAAUCCCUCGCUCUGUCUCUCCGGAAACAACCAGUGCUCCGCCGCGAACAAAAAUCCCAACGGAUCCCGCCGCCGCAAUGUAGCAGCGCGCGUGGCCAUGGUGGUGCUACUGUGCACCGCGUGCACGCUUCUUCUCACGGCGUUCUACAUUAUCCUCGGAGCAAAGAUGCGGGGCCCGGCCGGACUCUUCAGAGGGUCCCAUGAGCCCGACCCGGAGGACGACAGCGAGUUAGACGUGGGCCCACCGUGGGAGGUUACGCUUUACCAGAAGCUCGAUCUGUCGAUUGUCGACGUGGCGCGAAGUUUAACUCCUUGCAACGUCAUCGGACGGGGCCGCUCGGGCGUCGUUUAUCAAGUCACCAUCCCCUCAGGCUUAUCCAUAGCAGUAAAAAGAUUCCGUCCGUCAGAGAAAUACUCGGCCUCCGCAUUUUCCUCGGAGAUUGCCACGUUGGCAAGAAUACGACACCGUAACAUCGUACGGUUACUCGGUUGGGGCGCGAACCGGAGGACGAAGUUACUGUUUUACGACCAUCUGGCCAACGGUAAUCUGGGUUCGUUACUGCACGACGGGUGCGCAGGAUUAGUGGAGUGGGACACCCGGUUCAGGAUAGCGUCGGGCGUGGCGGAGGGGUUGGCAUACUUGCACCACGAUUGCCAGCCGGCUAUCUUACACCGCGACGUGAAGGCGCAAAACAUUCUGCUGGGGGAUCGAUACGAGGCCGUUUUGGCGGACUUUGGACUUGCUAGGCUGGUGGAGGAUGAUCCAAACGGUCCAUUUUCAGCCAACCCCCAAUUUGCCGGGUCCUACGGCUACAUUGCGCCGGAAUAUGCCUGCAUGCUAAAAAUCACUGCAAAAAGCGAUGUGUAUAGUUAUGGGGUUGUCCUUUUGGAGAUCAUAACUGGGAAAAGGCCAGUGGACCCAUCAUUCACAGAUGGGCAACAUGUGAUUCAGUGGGUCCGAGACCACCUGAAGAGCAAGAAGGACCCUGUUGAGAUUCUUGAUCCUAAACUUCAAGGUUAUCCAGACACACAGAUACAAGAAAUGCUCCAAGCUCUUGGAAUCUCACUCCUCUGCACCAGCAACCGGGCGGAGGAUCGUCCCACGAUGAAGGACGUGGCGGCAUUGUUGAGAGAAAUUCGACACGAUCAGGGCCCGGUGGCAAGCGAGGUGCAUAAGCCGGCUACCAACGCCUUGAAGAAUUCAUCGUCUUCUGUGACACCGGCUCAGUUGCUUCAGCUGCAAGGCUCCUCUCGUUGCUCACUUGCUUACUCAUCUGCUUCAGCUGGUUAUCUGUCAGGAACUCAAUAACAAUAAUGUCAUAUGUUGUAUUAGUUGAAAACAUAUAAUUAUUUGUUAGGAAUUAGGAUUAGUUGUGAGAUUAUUUGUAGGAUUAGGGCAACAUAAUAUGGGCAUUGCCAAAGAGUGCUUAAUUUGCAAGAGUGAUAUGGAUUAAUUGAUAUCACAAGUUGAGCACAGUGAUUGUACAGCAACUUGACAUUAUUGUACUAAUUAGUGAGUAAUGAAUGAGAGGCCAGCCAUCAAUUUCUUGAA